AGCGCGACAGAGGAGAAGGAGCGACACGGCGAGAGGGGAAAGGGAGGGAGGCGGACGGGCUGGGAAGUGCUCAGGGAGAGAGAAGGGAGCGCACGGCUCACCACCGUUGACACGGCGGGCGAGCUGGGGUAGAGAGACAGGGAGAGAGGCGCGAGACGAACACGGUCAUCUCGCGCGCUCGUCUUCUGUGCGCGUGUUACUGCAAGGGAGAGGCGAAUAGCUCACGAGAGAGGAAGCCGAGGGGAGAGGAGGAGUAGGAGGGACGGCACUUGUCAGCGCUCCGAUGUAGUCGAAUUAAAAGGGGAAUUGCUCAUUUAUUUAUCCCCACCCCUCCCCCCCCCCUUUGAAAUAUCCUCGGAAUUUUUGCGGCCGACGGCGAAUUUCUCUCGCUCCCCGCCGCCCGCUCGUCGCCCUUGUCGCCAUGAAGCGCUUCACGGACAAUUUCCGCAAGGUGCUGGACGGCCUCACCACGCCGGGAGCCCCGCAGAGCCCCAGCAAGCCCGAGAGCGAGAUCGCGGAGAGCCUCGCCUCGGAACACUUCCAAGUAUCAAAGACGGUGAGACACGGAUUCCCACAUCAACCCACGGCGCUCGCCUUCGACCCGGUGCAGAAGAUCCUGGCGGUGGGGACACACGGAGGCGCCUUGCGAGUGUUCGGGAGGCCUGGAGUGGACUGCUUCUGCCAACACGAGAACGGCGUGGAGGUGACACAGCUGAUGUUCAUGGUGAACGAGGGCGCUUUGAUCAGCAGAUGCUCCGACGACAGCCUCCACCUGUGGAACCUGCGGCAGAAGCAGCCGGCGGUGCUGCACUCGCUCAAGUUCCACAAGGAGAGCAUCGGCUGCGCCCACCUGCCAUUCCAGAGCAAGUGGCUCUACAUCGGCACCAAGAAGGGCAACAUCCACGUGGUGAACGUGGAGUGCUUUCAGCUCUCGGGCUACGUCAUCAUGUGGAACAGAGCCAUCGAGUUGUCGACGAAAGCCCACCCCGGCUCCAUCGUGCACAUCAGCGACAACCCCGUGGACGAGGGGAAGCUGCUGAUUGGCUACGAGAGGGGAACCGUCGUGCUCUGGGACUUGAAGUCCAAGAAGGCUGAUUUUCGAUACUAUUACGAAGAGGAGAUCCACUCGGUGUCGUGGCACCACGAGGGGAAGCAGUUCGUGUGCAGCCACUCGGACGGCAGCCUCACCACGUGGAACGUCCGCAGCCCCGCCAGGCCCACCGGCCUCAUCGUGCCCCACAAAAAACCUUUCAAAGAAGGCAGGAGGGUGGAGGUGUGUGGGCCCAUCUUGAAGGUGGAACACAAGACCUGCCGGACUGCGGAGCCCUUCACGAUUUUCUCCGGCGGCCUGGUGGAGGGCAAGGCGAAGCGGAGCAGCCUCUCAGUGAUGCAUGGCAGGAACAUCACCGUGCUCGAGAUGGACUCCAACAUCGUCGACUUCCUCACCUUGUGCGAGACGCCUUACCCCAGCGAUUUCCAAGACCCUUACGCGGUGGUCGUGUUGCUUGAAAAGGACAUGGUGGUGGUUGACCUCACGCAAAGCGGCUACCCAAUCUUUGAAAACCCCUACGCGAUGGACAUCCACGACUCGCCCGUCACGUUCUGCGAGUAUUUUGCCGACUGCUCGGUGGAAAUCAUCCCGGCGCUGUAUUCUGUAGGUGCCCGCCAGAAGAAGCAAGGCUUCAGCAAACAGGAGUGGCCCAUUAGUGGCGGCAGCUGGGACAUCGGAAACCAGAGCUACCCAGAGGUGAUCAUCACAGGGCACGCGGAUGGCUCCCUCAAGUUCUGGGAUGCUUCCGCCAUCACCCUGCAGCUGCUAUACAAGCUCCGCACAGCCAAGAUUUUUGAACGACCCGUGGCGGCCGGGGUCGCAGUUCGGGACGGCGGCAAGGGUGGCGGUGGCGGCAGCGGCGGCAGCGGCGGCAGCGGCGUGCCGUCGCCUGCCCCGGCGGCGGUGGCGGUGGCGCUGGACGAGCCGGAGGACCCAUUCGCCGUCCAGCUGCUGGCCUGGUGCCCCGAGAGCCGCAUGCUGUGCGUCGCCGGCGCGUCGUCACACGUCGUCUUCUACCGAUUCAGCCGUCAGGAGGCCGUCGGAGAGAUCGCGGUGCUGGAGGUGAGGAUGCAGCCGGAGCCAGAGGGAGCCGAAACUCCCGAUCCUGACGCGGUGAUAUCGACCGUCUCCUCCUCGUUGUCAUCAUCGUCCACGACUGCUGUCGCUGCUGCUUCGGGUGCCGCCACCUCCUCCUCCACCUUCCCUUCCUCAUCGCUUCCGCCCCCCCCGGCGCCGUCCGGACCCGGCCCGGGCCUCCCGGCGUCGUCAUCGCAGCUGCCGUACCCACGCGGGCACCCGUCCAGCGCCAGCACCGGCUCGGGCGAUGGGGCAGUGCCGUCCCUCAGGGUGAAGAGCGAGGCUGUGCGCCAGUGGCCGGGCUACCAGGCGGAGCUGGUCGUGCAGCUGGUGUGGGCCGACGGGGAGACCUCACAGCUGCCCACCAGCUUGGAGGUCAGCUCCGCCUAUGGCCUGGUGGCGCUGGGCACUUGCAGUGGCCUCGUGGUGGUGGACGUCCUGCAGAGGAGCAUUCUUCUCAGCCUGAGCUGCCUCGACCUCUACGGCUCCAGUGACCCCUACCAGAGACAACCCAAGUCUCCACGCAAGAGCAAGCAGCUGGCUGCUGGCCUGGCUGACAUCACAGAGGGCAUCGGGGCCCCGGACACAGAGAGGAGCCGCUCGCCAAGUUCAGUAGUGCGAUCACGAAGAUGGAGUUUUGUUUAUUUAACAGUUAAAAGACACCGGAAAUUAAGUCUCCCAAGUGACCUUAAGACAAGCCUAGUAGUUCUGCAAAAGAGCUACCAAAACAGCAAACGAGAUGACGUAAUUGACGCAGACCAGCUGAACGGGGUGUGCACCAGUCCCACCACGGCCCAGCAGUCGAGGAGCCCCGCGAAGCGCUUCGCCCCCAGCGAAGCGCCCAAGGCCAAGAGCCGGGGACCCGUGAGACCUCCGUUCCGCAAGGCGAUGUCUGCCGCCUGCAUGGAGGUCAGCGCGCCCGCCGCGCCCGCCGCGCCCGCCAACGGAGAAGGUGCCUCCAAAUCAUUCCACAUUGGCGUUGGCGCCUGCACUCCAGCUGCCACGACCGCCACGACGCAUGGAGGCAGACGAGCAAUGCUUCAGCAAUUACACAGCUUCAGUAUUUUCUCGCAUGACGAUCACCAGGCCUCCGGUUACGCGUGGAAUGGCCGAGAGACGCGUGACAACUCGCUGGGCCAAUCGCGAAGCUCCAGCGUGUGCAGCAUCGACAAGGAGUCGCGCGAGUCCGUGACGGCCCUGCGCUUCUCGGAGAGCUUCGCGCGCAAGGGCGACGGCUCCACGUGCCCGUGCCUCUGGGUCGGCACCAGCCUGGGCACCGUCCUGUCCGUGGGCCUCAGCCUGCCGCCAUCCAGCGAGCAGCGGCUCAGCCAGCCGGUCAUCAUCUCGCCGAGCGGCACCGUGACGCUGCUCAAGGGCCCCGUCCUGCGCGUGGACUUCCUCGACUGCGGCGGGGCGCUGGCGAGGCGGCCGCACGAGGCGUGGCGCGACACCAACUCGAACAGCGACGAGCGGGACGAGCGGGGCGAGCGGGCGCGGCGCCGCAGGCCCCAGUCGGUGACGCCGUCGGCGUCGGCGCAGGAGCUGGGAGCCGCCACCCAAUACGUGGUGGCGUGCUCCGAGAAGCAGGCCAAGGUGGUGGCGCUUCCGUCGCACAGCUGCGUCUACAAGCACAACAUCACGGAGACGUCGUUCGUGCUGCGCGCCGACGCCGUCGCCAUCGGCGCCAGCGCGUGCCUUGCCAGCUUCUGCGCCAAUGGCCACAUCAUCAUCUUCAGCCUCCCCAGCCUGCGUCCCCUGCUGGACGUGAACUUCCUGCCGCUCGCCGACCUGCGAGCGGCUCGCACGUUCUGCUUCUCCAACAGCGGCCAGGCCCUGUACCUGUGCUCGCCCACGGAGAUCCAGCGACUCACCUACAGCCAGGAGAUGUGCGAGAGUUUACAGGACAUGCUGGGGGAGCUGUUCAUCCCGGUGCAGACCCCGGAGGCUCCCAACAAAGGCUUCUUCAAGGGGCUCUUCGGCGGAAACAGCCCCUCGCUCGACAGGGAAGAGCUCUUCGGCGAGACCGGAUCGGGCAGGGCGUCGCGCAGCCUCGCGCAGCACAUCCCGGGCCACGGCUCCGGCUCCGAGGGAGUAAAGGCCGCGGCGGGCGGAGUUGCGGCCGAGAUGUCGCGGGCGCGCGUGGCGCUGGACGAGCGCGGGCAGCGGCUCGGCGACCUGGAGGACCGCACGGCGGCGAUGCUCUCCGGCGCGGAGAACUUCAGCAAGCACGCGCACGAGAUGAUGCUGAAGACGAAAGACAAGAAGUGGUACCAACUGUGAGGCAACGCGGCGAGCGGCGAGGAGCCGCGGUCGCCGUUCCGCCCAGGAGACGGUCGGGGGGUCGAGAGAGAGUCACUCCGAACGCUCGCCCGCCCGCUCGCUCUCGCGGAGCGCGCAAACAUCGGCGGUGACCGCAAGCGCUCGUGUGCACGGAGACAAUCCCAGCCCGCGUGGACGUCCAAGCACCUGCAACCUCCCCCCCCCCCCCCCCGGGGAGAGAGGGGACGCGCCGGCGGUAAUCGAAUAUUUACAACAACAAAAUCUAAAACAAAACUACAACAACACAUGGCAAAGAUGCGAAACGGACGGGCUCGGGGUAAAGGUGCAGGGGGGGGGGGAUUUGCAGAGUGGCAGUCCGUGCGGAGAUACAAUCGUGCCGAGCGGCAACGCCGAGCUUGUUAACCUGCGUCGCAAAGGUUAACGUAGUACGCGUUCCCGCUUGGCACGUUCGUAUCGUGAGCUCGUCGGCGGAGGCGGGAGUGUGUGGGGGUUGGGGAUGGGGGUUUCUGCGCGUGGAUAUUUUUCGUAGGGUUCAGGGCGGACGGGCGGGCGGGCUGAUGUGGGGAGGAGUGGCAGGGGGAUGUGCAAUGUAUCAAAGUUCGUCACCACAUUGCCAAACUCGUGUGUGUUGCACGUUGGGAGCCGCAUUCGACUCAGCUUUUCCCAAUCGGUCCUGGAGUGUCUGUGGAAAAGAGCUUCAUAGCUUAUCGGAUUCCUCGAGAAUAAACAAAUAUUCUACGAUACGUUUUUUCUUGAAAACCUUAAGGUGUAAUUUCGAUUUAAAGCUUUCGUGACUGCAGGGAUUCAUCUUCUUGGUUCUUUCUGUAAAGUCACGUAGAAGGGAAGUAAUAAAGUAAUGAAAAUAAUGUUUUAUUUUAAUUAUUUUAUUAUUAUUUUAUUAUUUCCCUUCUACGUGACUUUACCGAAAGAACCAAGAAGACCUUAAGGUGUCUUUUCCUUCGUUUGUUUCUAAAGUUGGCUUUAUCGUUUCGAUACGUGGCGCGUUAAAGGUUGUUUUUCUUUGUUUGAGAUUCGAAUUAUGCUUUAAUAAACAAUACGUUUAUCUUCCAUCCUUCAGAAGGACUCAUUUGCAAUAUUAUGAACCGUUUAUUUGAAAGUAUAUUUUGACAAAAAAAAAGUAAUUCAUUGCCGUUAACCGAUUGGGCGUUAAGCGGACAUACGCCCGGGUCACGCGCACUCGUGCACACGCAUCGCAAGUAUACGUUUAUUACGGUACGUCCGGUUGUGUUUUUGCGAGAGCAUCAGUCACGCUUUUCCAACUUGUGCGAUGUUUUGUAAGAGAUUAUAUUAUAAGACGAACACGUAUGGUUUUAGCUAAUUAUGCAGUAGUUUUCAAUAGACAUUUAUUAGUCCGCAAAAUAUAUUCGUAACCUGUCCGACCGUGUUACUGCACACCUUGAUAAAAAUAACUAAAGUCUUACUAUUCUUAAUAUUUAUUAUUAAUAUUAUAUUACAACGUAGACAUAUACAAUUACGGAUACAUUAAAGACUUGACUUUAAUGUUCAAUGGCUAUCUGUUAUGCCCUGUAAUGCUCUUACAGCGGAUGUAUUUUGUAAACCUUUGCAUCCUUUGUAUUGGUCUGUACCGAUCGUGACCUGGAGUCAUUCACCUGCUGCACGGACUGGGGGUCAAGGCUGCCGUUUCUGGAGCGUUUUUGAGUCUCGGGGGCAAGGGGGGAAUGAGGGGGGGGGGGUAUGAGACAAUUUGGCUCGUACGACUGGUCCUUGAAUAAGUAAGGCUGCGUGCCCGUGUCUGGCUGGUCUGGCGGUAGAAAGAUUCACCAGAGAAACACAAAAGAAAUGCACAAUUGUUUGAAGAGCAUUCGUGCAGAGUUUACUGGCGGUGAGAGACGUGGCACUCGUGUGUGUGUGUGUAAGUCUCGCGUGAGUGUUAUUAUUUCGUGUUUGUUUUCUACCUAAUAUGAACGUGCUCGUCGCACGAGGUUACGGGCGUGGGGGGGGGGGGUUGCCCAGCGCUUCACUGGUAAUUUGUAUUUCGAUUUAAAGCUUUCGUGACUGCAGGGAUUCAUCUUCUUGGUUCUUUCGGUAAAGUCA